GUCGUAAAUCGUAACCUGUAUUCUGUGUUUGCAGAGGCACCAGCAGGCACCAGUGCUAGUCGUAAAGUGCAAUAUUUUUAUUCUUAUAUUCCAUACCUUUCUUGAUUAAUCGUUGGAAAAAUAAUUAAAAAGUAUGAAUGUUUAUAACAUAAAUUUAUUUUUUCGUCGUCUUGUACAUUAUCACAUAAAGAUCUGAAACCGACUUGCAGUUUUCCAUUUGUUGAAUAAAUUAAUUUCGUAGUAUUGCGUAAAUAAUUAUUGAUUUUUACUGUCGCAUUUUAAUUACAACAAAAUGACGACGAUAUUAAGAGUCAAAAGACGUAAUUCAGAUGAACCACUGGAUGCCUUGAUAAUAGCUUGUAAGAAAAGAAAGGUUGAUGAUGAAGCUGCUAAAGUUACGGAUCCUAAAGAGCCUUUGAAAACUGUUGUAAAAUUUGCUGGCACUGUGCAAAAUCAGGAAGUAAAUGCUGCGAAAGAAAUUGCAAAGACACUCACAACUAGUCAGCUCAAAGCUAACUACAAACAACACUCAGUUGACGUUCUGAAUAAAACCCGGACACAAAAACAAGAGGAUUCGCGAGAAAAUCGUUACAAAUUUGUCAAUUGCUUCCGGGAAAUAGAGUCAUCAGAUGCAGAUGGAAAAGAUAAUGAUCUCAGUAUGACUCUUAUAGAUGUCGAAGAUUCUGUUUCUUGCACUAAAAAAGCUGAGGAUACAGAUCUUUCGGAUUGUUCGCAGUUUGUUUUCGAUGUAUAUUGUGUCAUGGAAAAUACAAUAAAAUUAAUUGAUGAUUCCUUUACGAUUGAACCGUACAAUGAUGAGAUGGUGUUUGAUGAUAAGUACCGAGAAAAUGGCGAAUUCUCGGAAGACGAUUCGGAUGAUUCGAACUGUGAAUCUAAUUGGAAAAACGACUAUCCUGACUCAGAUGAUUACCACUCAGAUGGUUCGAUUGGUGUUGAAGAUAUGGAACAAGCUGUAAGUAGAAUGUGGUUGCAUGAUGGACAAUCUGAUCUGUCUGACGAUGAAUAUGAUAAUUAUAUUUACAAUUUGGACAAUUCCAAGUACACUGUUGAUGACAGUGAUAUUGAGCACUAUGGACUCGCGUAUGCUCAAUUUAAAGCGAAGUUGAAGAACAAAAAGAAUGAUGAUGACGAUGAAGAAAGUGAUGAUGAUAAUGAUGAUGACUGUGACAAUGAUAGUGAUGACAGUAAUUAUAGUGGUGUAUUCAUAUCAGAAAUUCACAGUGAUGAAGAAGGCCAUGAUGAUAAUGAUUAAGAAAUAAUUCAUAAUUUAUUAUCAUCAUUAUCGUUAUUCAUUAGGUAUAAUUUCCAUCAUUUAUUAAAUUGGGUUAUUUAUUUACUAAGUUUAGUAUGAUUUAUAAAUAUUAAUUACUUUUCUGUUUAAAAAAAAAUUUAAUUCAUACUGUUGAAAUAAAGCAUUUGGAAUUUUUUAUAAAUCAUUGUUUCUUCUUAAAUCGUUUAUGUAUUCACGGAAAAGAAAAUGCGGUAAAUCCAAUUACACUUGGAGUAGCAUUUACUACAGGAUGGACUAAAGUAUAUAUACGCUAUAAUUUGUUUACGGAUGAUUUUCAUGUGUUUCAAAUCCAACUCCAAGUGUGGUUGGAUUUACCGCACGUUUUUUUCCGUG